CGCACUGGACAGCUGACUGUUGAACGCGCAGCCCUGCAGCUGAAGUUUUUAUAAGUGUUGUUUUUUUUUGUAUUAAAUCAUCCUGCAGAAGGAUAGAAGUGGUGUAGGUUUGUGUAGGUUUGCAGCAGCAUGUCUGAAUAUCCGACAUUCCAGCAUGGCAGGUCUCGUUUCGAUCAGAGCACAUUUUUUGGUCGGUUCAGGCACUUCCUGGAUGUGAUUGACCCCAGCACGCUCUUCGUGACAGAGAAACAGCUGCAGCAGAGCGUGGAGCUGCUCCACCGUUUCAGACAGGGGACUCUUCCUCCAGGAGUGACAGAUGCUCAGCUUUGGCAAGCUCAGAAAAUAAAGCAGGCCAUCAUCCACCCUGACACGGGGGAGAAGAUCCUCAUGCCCUUUCGGAUGUCAGGUUUUAUCCCAUUUGGCACACCAGUGGUUGUUGGCCUCCUUCUCCCAAAUCAAACAUUGGUGUCAACUAUCUUCUGGCAGUGGUUAAACCAGAGUCACAAUGCCUGUGUUAACUACUGCAACCGCAACGCCUCCAAGCCGGCUCCAGUUUCUAAAUUCGUCCAGGGAUACCUCGGAGCGGUGACCAGCGCAGUCUCCAUUGCUGUUGGGUUGAACGUGUUAAUCCAGAAAGCCAGCCGCUUCAGCCCAACUACCAGGCUUUUGGUGCAGAGGUUCAUCCCCUUCCCAGCAGUGGCGAGUGCAAACGUCUGCAACGUGGUGCUCAUGAGACACUCGGAGCUGUCGGAGGGCAUCAACGUGCUCGACGACAACGGGAACGUGGUGGGAACAUCAAAAGUGGCUGCCAGGCAUGCACUUUUAGAAACAGCUGUGACCAGAGUGGUCCUACCCAUGCCCAUCCUGGUGCUCCCUCCCAUGAUCAUGGCUGUACUGGAAAAGCUUCCUCUCCUGCAGAGACACCGGAGGCUCGUCCUGCCCGUCCACAGCCUGGUGUGCCUGGCCGCCUUCGGCCUGGCUCUGCCUCUCGCCAUCAGUCUCUUCCCACAGAUGUCUCAGAUCAGCGUGAAUCAGCUAGAGCCGGAGAUCGCCAUGGCAACAGAUUGUAAGAUUGUGACGUACAAUAAAGGCCUGUGAGUGAUCUCGACUGCCCGGCGCAUGAACACAGGACCCGCCGCUCGUCACCGGUUCAAACGCCCCGAAGCUGCCAGAGAAUGAAUUAUGGUAAAUUUGGCUGUGUUAUCCAGUGAGCAGUUAGCAUAUGUUUACAGAGGGAGGCAGUUAAUAUGUUGUUUACGCCAGGACAAUGGUUGUUAAAUAAGCAAUAACACAUGAUGACAUAUUGUGAUAUAGGAAAAUAUACAUGAUCACACCUUGGCGAGCAUAUCUGUUUUCUGUUAUAUCUUGGAAUACCAAAUAACUCGAAGAUUAAUGGAAGACUUUUCUUGAUCCAUCUAGUUAGUGUGCUAUUUUCAGCAGAGAGAGGGUAGCAGCUAAUUUAUGAGCUUUUAAGUAGAGAUUAAUUUUCAUAAACAUGAGGUAAAAUAGGGGAAUGAAGAUAGGAGCAGGACAUGUCUUAUUGUUUGCAGUUGUCUGGAUUGCGUUUAAAUACUGUGAAUGAAAUCAGGAUAAAUGACUUAAAUUAAUUUUAUAUUGUUUAUAAAUUAAUACAGGAGUUCCCAACCUUAUCAAUAUUCAAUAUUUACCUAUAGGUAAAUGGGGCUGCACGAUAUGGUCAACAAUUGAUGGUGAUUCACGAUUAUGUGGGAUUUACAAUUUUCAACCAUGAUAAUGAUCCAAAAUUGAAUUUUCACAAAAAAAAAACAAAAAAACAACAGCUAUUAAAAUCAUGAUGAUCUGAUCCGGAAAACAAGAUUUGUAGACCAGUGCACCUCUGCAGCACUACAGUACUUAUAUAUUAUUACUCAUUAUAAUGCUGUUUGUCACACAUUUUUUUUUACCUGUAACCAAUACCAUAUGUUACAUGUCUUUAAGUUGGGAGCCGUUCAAUCAAAGUUUGAUUUUCUCCUCUCAGAUUGUUUCAUAAUAUAUCUUUGAAGGGCCUGAAAGGGUGAAACUACAGUACUUCACAUAAAAGAAAAGUCCUAAAAUAAACGUUGUUUUGUUUAUCAGAAAUAAUUUCUUUCUUAUUUCCUACCUGGACAAUCAUAUUGAAACCUACUACAUUAAUCUUGUGACCCCUCGUAGUGGUCUUGAUUUAGUGGAUGCAGAAACUCUAGCCAAAUGGAAAGCGUUGUUUUAGUAAAGUAUUUUUCGUGAGGUAUGAGGUUAUAGCAGGUUAUUUCUGUUGCAUUAUUAAAGACAAACUAAACCUUAAACUUAGGCCACCAGUAACUCUAUUUCAAAUGUACCCUAAAUGUGACACAUUCCUUUUAAACUCCACUGUGAACUGUAUAAAGAAAAGAUCAGAGUAACUUUAAAUCCCAAUAUUGGCUUUGGCUCUCUCAAACUGGAAUCUGGAGGUUGAGUCACUCAUGUAAUAAAACAACUGCUGUUGGUUGUAGUUUGAUGCCUGUAAAAUGAUUCAUCUUCCAGAUUUGCUGAAACUAUAAAACUCACAGUAAAAUAAGGAGAUUUCUAAAAGCAUUGUUGUUAAAAUGCUGCUCUGUCUUUUUUGUAUGUAUUUGUAUGAUUUAUAUAAACUUUUCUGUCUUCGAGUA